AUGCUCUACUACCUUUUCCCACGAAAUCGACCGCAUCCUAGCUACUCGUGGCAUCAAGCAACCGCUAACACUGUCAUUCGUUGGUUCCUGGAGUUCAUCGCUCACAUCCGUCCAGUUUCACGUCAAGACGUUGGUGUUGACGCUCAAAAUCAGUCUAAUGUCGUCGUCAUCCCGAUUUCCAGCGAACCGAUAUACGAAACACCCCUCGAUGAUGACAAGUCGAUCCGUCCUUCCAAAAUCCUAGGCACCUGGUAUCCUCAGCCGCCACUCGACACGACCGGGAAACCAAAUACCAGUAUCGUAUUGCAUUUUCACGGCGGCGGAUACGUGAUUGGGAGCAGUAAACCGGCAGAUUAUGGAUAUAUGGCCAUCAAGUUGACAGAGUAUUUGGCGCCAUAUGUCCUCCUCCCCGAAUAUCGACUGGCCUGUACAUCUCGAGGCAGAUUUCCAGCCGCUUUGCAAGAUGCGGUAUCCACUUAUCAAUACUUGUUUGACUUGGGUUAUCGACAAGACGACAUUAUUCUCUCGGGCGACUCGGCAGGUGGCAACCUUGCAUUGGGACUUCUGCGAUAUCUAGCCGAGCAUUCACAUCUCGAUUUGCCCGCACCAAGGCGCACCUUCCUUUGGAGUCCAUGGGUGGACGUCGCCAGGAGUCAAAAUACCGCCACCAUUGGCCAGAACCCGAAUUACCACACCGACUACAUUCCAGCAACGUUUGUGGAAUGGGCAGCCAAUAGUUUUGCACCCCCCGGCGAAGUAAAUGUCAACUCCCGAUAUAUUUCCUUCACUGGAAGGCCUUUCCGCACAGAAUCAACGUUGUGGAUUCAUGCCGGUGCAUUGGAGUUGAUGUACUCGGAGAUUGUAGAGUUCGUGAGCCUGAUGAAGAAUGAAAAGAAUAUAGUCCAUUUCCAUACUUCACCGAAGGCAUAUCAUGACAUCGUCGAAACAGGAUACAUCAAUGGGUUCAAGGACGAGAUCAGAGAGGUACUCAAGAUGGCACAGGAAUCUUUGAAGCCAAGCAAACCCGGGUCCUCUUGA